UGCCGCCGGCCCCGCACAGCCUUCACCAGCCAGCAGCUCCUGGAGCUGGAGAACCAGUUCAAGCUCAACAAGUACCUGUCCAGACCCAAGCGCUUUGAGGUGGCCACAUCACUGAUGCUCACCGAGACGCAGGUGAAGAUCUGGUUCCAGAACCGCCGCAUGAAGUGGAAGCGGAGCCGCAAAGCCAAGGAGCAGGGGGCUCAGGUGGAAGUUGAGAAGCAACGAGGGCUCAGCAAAGCCUGCGCGAAGCUGCUGCCCGGCGAGCCCCAGGGACAAGCUACCGAAAGCCCCGAAUUCAUGGGGUGCAGCCCCGGUUCGGGCUUCCUGCACCGCAGCGCCACCCAGCUGAGGUACGGCCCGGACUCCUCCUGCUCGGGGGAUGAGGAAGACGAGGAAGAGGAUGAGGACGAAAUGAGUACCACGGAGGGGAAGAUCGGAUCUGUAUUGUGA